AUCAUAAUAUCCAGAACCAUGGUGUUCAGUUGGCUUUGUUGUUGGCUGGAGUUUAUACUUUAACACAGAUUUGCAGAUACAACCAACCGUUUGCAUUUUACCACCGCGCCAGUUUCAACAUAAACGCUGUUCGUGACCAUCAUGUGCCUGCUGUGUGUCUUUUUGACCUUUAGUUUGGGGAAGUGCAAAACUGAAAGUUAUUCCCGUGAGAUUUCAAUGUUGUGUUCGCUGCUCAGAGCUUAACUGAAAUAAAUAAACUCUCCCUUAAUGUUGGAGCCGACUUCACAGAUGAUAACAAGUCAUGCGGCUGUUUUCUAAACAGCCAAUAAGUGACAUUUAUAAGUUUAUCCCAGCAGUGUGGGAUACAGAUCUCUGAGUAACUGACCUUAGAUCAUAGUUUUUGGCUGUGUCAUGUGGCUUGGAAAUCCGCUGAGCUGUUGUAGUAAUUUCCUGUGUCUUUGCCCGGCUUUGCUCUCACACGUUUCUCAUUGUCUCUGUAUCAAUGAAAGCGUUCAUGUCCACGUACUUGCCAGCACAAAACCCUGCUCACGUGAUACUUCAGCAGCCUUUAAUGUUUGUUUGGCCAAACAAAACUUGGCCCUCACAGUUAGUCUCAUGUGGAGGAAACCACAGUUCGCAGGUUUUUCUUGGCGAUUUUUGUUCAAAUUCGUUGGAGUGAAACAGAAUUUGAAACUGCUUCGUGCCGUCUUGUUCGUCUUUCUUUGGGCCUCUCGGGAUUAAAUAAGCUGUGGUCACGACCGAGUCUGACGCGAUGCCAGGACAAAUCCCAGAUCCCUCUGUGACUGCAGGCUCCCUGCCCAGCCUGGGCCCGCUGGCUGGGAUCUCAGCCACCACGCUGACUGACAAGCUCAAAUUCGGCGACCUCCAGGAGUUUGGGACGAUGCUGUCACCUCUGCACUUCCUGGACAGCCUGGGGAAGAGGCCCCUAGUCAUCAAAACGGAGAGAGAUGAAGAGGAAGAGAGGAGGAAACGGAGGCGAGAGAAAAACAAAGUGGCUGCGGCUCGAUGUCGAAACAAAAAGAAGGAGAGGACAGAUUAUCUACAAAAGGUGAGACGUACGCCAAAAUAAAAUAAACGCAGCCAACAGCAAACUGUCUGCUUUUCCGACUGAGACUAAAGCUAAACACCUCGAGUCUUUUG